AGCUGCAUAAACAUCCGAAACGCUCCCAAACAAACCGAGCUGCGCCAAGAGGCAGGUUCAGGAGCGACUCAUUCCACCAGGGGACAUAACCUGGGGGACGCAACAACAUGACUUCAAUUUCGGUGAUUGGACUAGUCUCAUUCGCGCUCUUCGCUUUUCAGUGUCCCGAGCAGCUGGUAGAAUGUCAAGAUCCUCCAGCCGACGGAGCUAAACUGGGAAAAGUAACGACAAACUUUCUUAAUGGAGAUUACGAUGAAGAAUUGAAUAAAUUGAAAGGGAUUCAGAAGAUUGGUAGAGCAUUGGGCUUUGGUGGGGGUCAACCAAAUAAAGACAAUCCUGAUGCAGCAGACGCUCCAUCACCAGAUGCAGAUCCAGAUGCGGAUCCUGGGUCAGACUCAGCAGGACCAAAAGACCCUGCUAAGGCGGGCCCUGGGGAUCCAUCCCCGGAAGAUGAUGAUGCUGCUGGAGGACCUGAUGCUGGCAAAGGUAAGGGAGCGGAAGACUCCGAUGGGGCAGAUGACCCCAAGGGGGCAAGUGACCCCGAUGCAGACGCCGAUGAUGCUGGUGGAGGUGCAGAUAAGGGAGGAAAGCCCCCAGCCGCCGAUGACACCUCAGGCAAAGACCAGGACUUAAAAGGCAGGGACCCAGAGGAUGGUGGAGAGGAAGAGGGAGGCGGGAAGACGGACGAUGAGGAGGAUCCAGAUGGAAAAGGGGCAAAAGGAGACGAGGAAGGUGAGGGAAGCGGAGAGGAGGAAGGCUCACCAGAGGAGGAAGGAGACGACGAGAAAGAUCCAGACGUGCCGCUUGUUGUGCCUCCUAAAAUACCGCGCCACAAACCGAAGCGGGUGAACGUUCCACUUCGCUUGUUCUUGAUGAACGUUCAGAGGUACGGUUACAAGGCCGCCAAAUACCCGUACGCCUCGCCGUGGCCGAACAUGUACGGCAAGUACGGACGAACGCGUGCAAAGAAAAGAGGAGGCCGGAGACGAAGCAGACAGCGACAGCGCGCGCGCGGCUAUGGUUACGGUUAUGGUGGAAAAUAGGAGGCAUCGCCAUGUAAUCUAUAAGUAGUAUCUGGCUGCGAUCUUAAGGAUUAGAGUCUCAAAUUUGCAAAUAUGCAAUAAUUCAGAAGGUAACCUUGUGGUUGAGGAAUAGGGACUGUGAGAAAACUUGAAAUAUUUUGAGAGAAAAUUUCAAAACUUAAGUUCUGAGAAAAAAUUCAAAUGUAGAGGAAAACCAAAGCCUGCCAUCCAACAAAUAUGGGCUCAAAGAGAUGAAUCGGCCAAAAAACCGAUCUGUCUUUGGUUCUGGUACUUACAUCAGAUACUAUGAAAAAUUACUUCAUUAUUUGCACUUCCGUGCUGAAGUGCAAAAAGUGUUAAUUAUACAUAAAUUAUAAGUACACUUUAACUUUUUACAAUGAACUUUAUAGCUUUCUAACAAAAGGUUAAAACUAUAUUCAAGUAAAAAUCACCGAGGACAAAAGAACAUUGAUUACUACGCCCUCUGGUACGCCUGCAUUUUCUUUGUUCUUUUUAAUAAGUAGAUAUUUUCAAAUGCCGUACCGAGGUCAUCUGCUGGAUGUAAAUACAAAUUACUUGAUAAUUAAAUAUCAUUCAGGUAAGAAGGGUUUAAAAAUAUUUACAUUUUUAAAAGUCAUUUAUUAGAAAGAAGAGACACAUUGAAGUACAUUGAUAUUUGUAAGAGUGUUUGAGCAGAUAACAUAGAUUCAGAAGCAGAGCUACAGUUUUAAAGAAAAGUCCAGAACAAGCUUAUCCUUUUUGUUUCGUCAGUCUCCAAAGUUUUUUUGGGAGAAAAAAAAUUAGCCGCAGGCGAGUAUGCGGAUACUGAAGAUCUAAAUGCAGUAUUUCAAAAUGCUGUGAUCAUAAGAUGCUUUGUUUCAAUUGCGUGAGAUGGCGUCUGCAGCAUCCUAACAGAGCAUGGAUCCAGCCUUUGCCAUCUUAACAGUUUUUCUUCAAAAAUUAGUAACAAAUAUUUUCUAAAUCGAUGACUCGUGUGCUCCAAACACAACUUAUUUGACCUCAACUUCAAAAAUUUUGAGGGAUUUUAAUAAUUAUGUAUGAUUUUUUAUAUAUGUUUCAAAAAAAUGUGAUUAAAGUUAUUUGUUUUCCUUUUUAUACGUUCAAAGAACCGACGUGAUAAUGUCUCGUUCAUGAAAUUCAUAUCCCAAAUUUUUAUGAAAAUAAUGAAAUUUAUGUCCGAUAUUUUGAGUAUUAAUAGGGUUGGAAUUUUAUAAAAGUCACCCUAAGUUGUGCUCUGGACUACACGUACACCAAUAUCAACCGAUUCAAGGGAACGUUCCUUUAAACGGAAUUCAAUACACUGAGAAAAUUAGAAAAUCACAAGGCUCGUAAUACUCUUUAAUGUAUUUUCCAAUGUAAAUACCAACACGGUUGUUUUCUCUUCUCAUUUAUAAAAGUGUUAUGAAAUUAUUAAAUCCCAGCAUUUUCAAAUA